AUGGCGGGUCUUGUACCUCCAGGUACUACCACGCGAAGCGAGGCUGCGGAGACGAAGCCUAUGAACGAGAAACUGGACUACACAAACCUGCCUUGUCCCAUACCCUAUGAAGAAAUCAACCGUGAAGCUCUCAUGUCUUUACGGCCAGAAUGUUUUGAGGGGAUGCGAUUUGAUUUCACUAAAGGACUCAAUCAGAAGUUCUCCCUUAGCCACAGUGUACUCAUGGGACCUAUGACAGUUCCUUCUCAGUCUCCUGAAACCAUAAAAAUCCCUACUGCUCACUAUGAGUUUGGUGCAAAUUUUAUAGACCACCCAAAGUUGAUGCUUUUCGGGAGGGUAUUAACAGAUGGGAGACUUAAUGCUAGAGUGAAGUGUGACUUGACUGACAAUCUUACUUUGAAGGCUAAUGCUCGGCUUACAAAUGAGCCGCACAUGUCUCAUGGCAUGGCCAGUUUUGAUUACAAGGGCUCAGACUACAGAUCCCAGAUUCAAGUGGGAAAUGGGGCCUUAUUGCAAGCAAGUUACAUCCAGUCGGUGACUCCACAUUUCUCUUUGGGUGGUGAAGUAUUCUGGGCUGGUCAGCAUCGAAAGUCAGGCAUCGGUUAUGCGGCGCGGUUCAACACUGAGAAAAUGGUUGCCACAGGACAGGUUGCUAGCACUGGAAUGGUUGCUUUGAGCUACGUUCAGAAACUAUCCGAAAAGGUUUCACUAGCAUCAGAUCUCAUGUACAACCACACGUCAAGAGAUGUCACAGCAAGUGUUGGCUAUGAUUAUGUCCUCAGACAGAGUCGUCUUAGAGGGAAGAUUGAUUCCAAUGGCUGCACGGCUGCUUUUCUUGAAGAGAGAUUAAGUAUGGGUCUUAAGUUCAUACUUUCCGCAGAGAUGGAUCACAAGAAGAAAGACUACAAAUUCGGGUUUGGGUUGGCGGCAGGAGAAUAG